AUGACAUUGCAGGAAGUGAUUCCCAAAGUAACUAUCAAACCUAAAAGACCUAUUGGGAAAAAUGAACUGCAAUUACAAAAAGAAAUGACUAUAAGAUAUUUAUUAAAACCAGGUGAGUUGGAAGGAGGACACGUUUAUAGGAAAACUGAUCCAUACUUCUCGUUGCGUGUUUAUCGAAUUAAAAAGAUUAUUGUUGGAAGGAAUUCACCACAGCCAGUCUUAUACUAUCUUGAAGAUGAGCCUAUUGAAUCUACUGCUCAUUUGAUGGGACAUAACCCACAUCGACCAUUCAA